UAAUGUUCCAAUAUCUGCUCCUGGGUUAUAAGAGAUCUGAGCCAGAGGGCUACCGGGUCACCCUGAAGCCUCAGCCUUCAGCGGAUCUAAGCGCAGCACUCCUUCCCCGCCCGCAGGAACGGCACAGGGUCCCCGCCAGCCGCAAGCAGCACAUUCCCACCUCUAACUGCUGCUCUGAGAACACUCCGCCGGGGAGGAACGCAGAUGUGGAGGAGGAUCAGGGUGCAGGGCGGAGGCCACAGCACAGCACGAGCGGCAGGGGAAGAAGACCGCCGCUGCCGCCCACCUCCAGCGCCCUCUCCACCGGCACAAAUCAGAGCAGGAAUCCCCCGCGCUGGGAGAGGGCCAGCCUCGGCCAGGCCUCCGUGCGGAACGGCCACGGCAGCCUAACCGUGCGGGUCCGGGGCCCCCUUGGCUUCGGCUUCGGCCACAGUCUAACUCGGCCCCGCCUGCACCAGGAAUCCAAGUGCAGCCCACGGGGGCCUCCGGGCCCCGCCCCGCGGAGAGUACCUGUGAGGAGCCCAAGCCCAGCACAGCCCCCACCUGUCCCCGAGUCUACCCGUCUACCUGCAGUGUCAGUAGGGAGUGGAGCCCCGGCUCUGUCCAAAGGAAACUUCGCCCACAGGGGCAGCCCGACAGGUGCCAGACCCAGACGUUCUGCCCUGAGGUGA